AUGGCCACUUCGAUGUCCCCUGGCCAAAGCAUGGUCCUCAUUUGUGAAACGGGGGUCCCAGGUCCUCAGAUACCCCAGGUCCCAGGGCCUGAGCUUCUCCAGCAGGAGCAGGUGGCCUUUGGCAGUGGGGACACCAUGGAGCUGAUCUGCUCACUGCCUGGAGGAGCCUCCACAGGCUGCACUGUCUGGUCUAAGGAUGGCACAAGGCUGGCAGCCUCCCACCGCAUCCUGGUGGGGCCCCAGAGGCUACAAGAGCUGAAUGCCUCCCGUGAGGAUGCAGGGGUCUACAUCUGUCAUCAGCAGCUCCCUCGGGGUAUGAGGUGCCGUUUCACUGUGCCUGUGACAGAUGCUCCAGCCUUAGGAGACAAUGAAGAUGGGGAGGAUGUGGCUGAUGACACAGGGGCCCCUUACUGGACUCGACCGGACCGUAUGGAUAUGAAACUGCUGUCUGUGCCAGCCACCAGCACUGUACGCUUCCACUGUGCAGCCGCCGGCAGCCCCCCCCCCAUCUCCUGGCUGAAGAAUGGCAAGGAAUUCCGAGGGGAGCAUCGCAUAGGGGGCCUGCACCUUAGGCACCAGCACUGGAGCCUGGUCAUGGAGAGUGCGGUGCCUUCUGAUAGUGGCACCUACACCUGCGUGGUACAGAACGAGUUUGGCAGCAUUCAGCAGACUUACACACUGGACGUGCUGGAGCACUUCCCACAUCGGCCCAUCCUGCAUGCUGGGCUGCCAGCGAACCAGACAGCCACUCUAGGCAGUGACGUAGGGUUCCACUGCGAGGUGUAUAGUGAUGCCCAACCACACGUCCAGUGGCUGAAGCAUGUUGAGGUGAAUGGCAGCAAGAUGAGCCCUGAUGGCAAGCCCCAUGUCACCGUACUCAAGACAUCAGGCAUUAACACUGCCGACAAGGAGCUAGAAGUUCUGUCCUUGCGCAAUGUCACCUUUGAGGACUCGGGGUACACCUGCCUGGCAGGCAAUUAUUUCGGGUUUUCCCAUCGCUCUGCAUGGCUGGAGGUACUGCCGGCUGAGAGAGAGCUGGCAGAGGGUAAGGAGGCCGGCAGCUUAUCUGCGGGCACCAUCAGCUUCUGGGUGGGCUUCUCCCUCUCAAUUUUGAUGGCGGCAACUAUGACACUCUGCUACCUGCAUAGAGCCACAAGAAAGGGCCUGGGCCCUCCCACUGUUCACAGGAGUUCUCAAUUCACAGCUGAGUGACAGGUGACCGUGGAGUCCUGCUCCUCCGUGAACUCUGACAUACCCCUGGUCCACAUCGUCCGCCCAUUCUCAAGAGAACAUACUGUUAUGGCUAAUAGUUCUGAGCUUGAGCUGCCUGCUGACCCAAAGUGGGAAAUAUCUAGAACUUGGCUGACACUCGGCAAUCCUCUGGCAGAAGGCUGCUUUGGCCAGGUUUUUAUGGCAGAGGCUAUUGGCAUUAACAUGGACAGCACUGCCAACCCUGUCACCGUGGCCGUGAAAACACUGAAGAGUAAGAAGGGAGGGAAGUAA